UUGGUAGGGGGGUGGCUGUGUUUUGGUGUGUGUUUGCUUGACUGUCUGGCUUGGCGUUGUUGACAGCCGCUCGCUCGCUCGGCCACCAUGCCGGUGGUAGGGGUCGCCUCCAAGCUGAGGCAGCCCAGCGUGGGAUCCAAGCCGGUGCACACCGCCCUGCCCAUGCCCAACCUGGGCCGUGGAGGUGGCGGUGCUGGAGGGGGACUCGGCGGAGCGUCAGGGGGACUCUCGGCAGGCUAUGCCGCCCGACGAGGGGUAUCCCCAGACACCAGGGCCAGCAGCAGGGAUAGGGAGGGGUUGGGCUCGGGCUCGGGAUCUCCCAUGCUGCUACACUCCUCCACCCCUUCCUCGUUGUCAUCGUCCUUGACUUUUUCGUCACCGUUGUCGUCGUCCUCCUCCUCCUCUUCCGCUGGUGCUGGGUAUCAGCUGUCAGUCAAAGGGCAUCAGGACUAUCACCACCACCACCCAAGCCAGAGCCCUCAUCACCUCCUCCACCACCAGCAGCAGCAGGAGCCCAGGACUACUACCACCACUACCCCACAGCUGCAACUGCAGUCUCAUCUACAGCUACAGCCACAGCUGCAGCAGCCGGCACGCAGCAGGGAGACGGAGGAGAGCAAGAUCAGUAAGAUCUAUACUGACUGGGCGAAUCACUACCUGGCGAAGUCUGGCUGUCAGCGCCUAAUCAAGGACCUCACACAGGACAUUGCCGAUGGAGUUCUGCUGGCAGAAAUCAUCCAGAUCAUUGCAAACGAGAAGGUGGAAGACAUCAAUGCCUGUCCAAGAAGUCAGUCUCAAAUGAUCGAGAAUGUGGACACCUGCCUCAGUUUCCUAGAGGCCAGAGGAGUCAACGUACAGGGACUCUCAGCAGAAGAGAUUCGUAAUGGGAAUCUGAAGAGCAUCCUGGGCCUGUUCUUCAUCCUGUCGCGCUACAAGCAGCAGCAGCAGCAUCAGCAGCAGUACCUGCAGUCCCUGGUGGAGCUGCAGCAGCAGGUCACCCACACGCACCCCCACACGCCCCCACACCAGGCCAGCCCCACAGCAGCACCCACCAGCCCCCUCAAGACGCAAGACAUGCAGUCCAGUCUCACGGCGCGAUACGCGAGCCCACCCACCCACAGUGGACUAGGAGCCAGCCAGAAGAAAAACACAAGGUUACCAGGGCCAUCGCGGGUCCCCACUGCAGGCAGUGGGGCUAAGGGCCAGGGGGCCUCCAACCUCAACAGGAGGAGCCAGAGCUUCAACAGCAUCGACAAGAGCAAACCUCUGCAGUACGCCAGUGGCAAUGACAGAGAGUCGAUGAGGGGCAUCCCAGUAGCGGGCAGCAUGAACGGCAGCGCUGGCACAGGGGGCGGCCUGGGCAUGUCGGGCACCGGCAUGGCCCCCAUGCCCUCCAGCAGCAGCGGGCACCAGCUGGGCUCUGCCAUCCCCUCGCCAUCGGCGGGCAAGUCCUGGCGCAGCAAGUCCAUGAACCUGAAGCACAGCGCCACCUCCUCCAUGCUGGCCCUCAGCCCCACCUCCUCCCCUCCCCCGCCCGGCUCCUCUGAGCGCCUCCAACGCGGCGGCGGUGGUGGGGGUGGCGAUGCCACUUCCUGUUCGUCGACGUCUGGGGUCAAGGGGUUGUCGUCGGGGCCAAACGUCUGCGCAGCGGCUAACGCUCCCGGAAACCAGCGUUCUAUGUUGGAUAAGUUCAGGCUCAUUAACCCACGCUCGGGUUCGAGAACGUCACCCUCGGUGGCCGAGAUGGCUCUGCAGGAGGAGGACGAUUUGUCGGAGUACGGUGACGACCCGACCCCGGCGCCAGCACAGGUGCCCACGCACACACACGCGCCACCCCUGAGCCGGAUAGGUUCGCCCGUCCCCCACCCGCAAUCCCCACCUCUCGGCCACCACGCAUCCUCCUCUCUCCCCACAGCCAAGGGCUCGGGCAAAGGUCAGGGUAGCAAAUCCCUCGCCCAGCCCAACAAGGGUGAAAGCGAUGGCAACAAAGCCAAGUCGGGCAAAGUGGGCAAAGCUGGCACGCCACCCAAGGAAGAGAGGGAUUCGUCGGCACCCGGUGGCGGUGAUGCAAGUGGAAAGAAGGGCUCCAAGAUUGCCAGCCUCAUCCCCAAAGGUGGCAAGCCUGCAGCGGGUGGCAAGAAGGACGGUGGCUCGUCCAUCCCGGCCUCCAGCGGCAUCCCCAAACCAGGGCUCAAAGCCCCGCAAGCCACAGCCAAGCAGACCCAGCAGUCCUCCUCCAUGGCCGGGGGCAACACGUCGGUGCCAGGCAGUGGUACUGGUGGUAGUGGUGGAGGCGCGGGACCCACGGCACCAGGCGCAGUCCGAGAGGGCAGCGAGAAGGCGAAACUGGCCAAAGGCGGUCAGUCGUCGUACUACGUGCAACGGUCAGCAGGGGGAGGCGGAGAGCCGCGUCGCACCAACAUGACCUCCUCCACCAGCACAUCUGCACUGUCGGGAUCCACAUCGGGCAUCGGAGGAGGAGGAGGAGGAGGUGGCGGAGGGGUAAUGGGGGGUAACGGAGCGGUGCAGUUGCCCCAGCAACAGCAGCACAACCACCCCAACACGGCCACUGUAGCCCCCUUCAUGUACAGGACAUACUCUGAGAACGACUGCACCACGGUGGCCCCAGCUGACCCGUGCCUGAGCCCCACCAAGGGGGAGCUGGUCUACAGCAAGACUGCCAAACAGUGCCUGGAGGAAAUCUCUGGGGAAGACCCAGAGACACGGCGGAUGCGAACCGUGAAGAAUAUUGCGGACCUUCGGCAGAAUCUGGAGGAGACCAUGUCCAGCCUGAGAGGCACCCAGAUCAGCCACAGCACUCUGGAGACGACCUUUGACACCACGGUAACCACAGAGGUCAACGGGCGCGGCUCUGGUGGCAGUGGCACCGGUGGCAGUGGCACCGGUGGCAGCGGCGGUAGUGGUGGCCUACAAGCCCUCUCCAGCCGCAACUCCCCCAUGGCCUGGCGUCUCAACCAAUCAGCAACGCCUAGACUCCAAGCCGGCGACGCCCCCUCCAUGCCCAGUGGUGGCAACUACGGUGGUAGCCAAUCGCGCGCAGGCAGCGGUGGAAGUGGUGGUGUACCAGGAAGCAGCGGCGGUGGUGGUGGUGGUGGAGGUGGAGGUGGGGGUGUUCCAGCUGGUCGCUAUGGUGGAGAUCCCUCCCGCUACGUCUACAACGCUCCACUCAGGAGAGCAGCGGCCGGGAGUGGUGGCAGAGGGGCCGAACCAGGAGACAAAGGCGGCGACGGCAUUGGGCCAGAGGUGGAUGUGGGCGGGUACAUGAGCGAUGGAGACCUGCUGGCCAAAAACGCGAGGGCAGAGGACAUCACCAGUGGGUACCUAACAGAUGGCGGGCUGCACCUGUACUCUCGGAAUGUGGGCCGAGCAGGCGAGCUGACCUCCGCCAGAGAGGUGGUGCAGCGCGGAGUCAAGGAGGGAGACGCCGACAGUUGGGAUGACAGUAGUUCGGUGAGCAGUGGCUUGAGUGACACUCUUGACAACAUCAGCACGGAUGACCUGAACACCCCGGCAUCCUACUCGGCCAUUCAAGCUUCUCCACGCAAGAGCAAGGGCCCCCAGUCCAAGCAUGUGGAGCAGGACGCCAGCACCUGGGCGGGAGCAGAGGACCUGAAGAAGGUAGACGAGGAGAUUGACAGCAGCAUGGACCAAUCAGGCAAGUGGAGGGCCUCCUCCUCUUCCUCCUCCUCCGUGCCCAGCCAACCAGAGGAAGGCGGCCAGAAAACCGGCCUACCGGUGUCCCAGACCGGCUCCUGGAGGCGGGGCAUGUCUGCCCAGGUGGGCAUCACUCCUCCCCGCACCAAAGGCACAUCUGGAAACCUCAAGACGCCGGGCAAAACCGACGAUGCCAAGGCGUCUGAGAAGGGCAAGGCAUCUUCCAAGACUGGCGCCAGCAGCGGCGUUGGAGGCAGUGGCAGCAUCGAGCGCUCGCCGUCCGAUGCGGGCAAGAGUAGCGGCGACGAGGGUAAGAAGCCGCCAUCGGGCAUCGGUCGCCCGCCCACCACGGGCUCCUUCGGCUACAAGAAGAUACCCGGCGCCUCCGGUGCCCUCAUCACCGCCAGCGGCGCCACCCUCACCAGCGGCUCAUCCACCCUGGGCAAGGUGCCUAAGUCCUCGGCCAUCGGCAAGGGCGCGACCGCGGGCGGCAACGGCGGGCGUAAGACCAGUCUUGACGGCUCGCAGCACCAAGACGAUGGCGUGCUGCUGGCGUGUAGCGGGUCCAAGAUGACCCUGCAGUACCGCUCUCUGCCCAGGCCCGCCAAGUCUUCCAGUGGCGCUGCCGGCCCCGUGGCAUCGGUGGCCGGUCGAGGCGGCCAUCGGUCCAGCUCCAGCAGCAUCGACUCCAGCGUUAGCGGCAAGUCGGCCUCCGUGGUGCCCCCUGGCAGUGCUGGCCCUGCCACGCUGCCCAACGCGAAGAGACGCGACGCUGCCAGCAAGGUCGGGUCGGGACGGUCCAGUCCCGUGACGGUCAACCAGACGGACAAGGAGAAGGUGGCCGUGUCUGACCAGGAGGGUGGACCAGGCGGUGGCGCGGGGCUGUCCACCUCCCCCAAAUCCAGCCCCACAUCUGGGGGCCAGUCCGGGCUCCGUCAGCCUGGGUCCAAGUACCCCGACAUUGCCUCACCCACCUUCCGCCGCCUUUUCGGUGCCAAGGCCAGCAGCAAGCCCAGCUCCCCCGGCACGCCUGACUCUGGCAAGUGCCCGUCCGCCCUGGGCAGCCCCCACGGCACGCUGGCACGGCAGACCAGCCUCGACUCGCCCUCCUCGGGCACGGGUAGCCUGGGCAGCGCCGGCGGGCAGAGCGGUGGCAGCAGCCCCCUCUAUGGCAAAGGACCCGACCUCGGCACGGGAAUGGGCAUGGGCAUGGGCAUGGGCAUGGGUACAGAUUCGCCUGCCUCCAGCCCAGCGUCAGGGCUCUCGCUGCCCUCCAACGCCCGGCCCUGGCCUGCCAACCUCAGCAGCACGUCCUCCGCAGGCAGCAAGGACACGCUGAGCUGCCAGAGCAUGACCAGCCUGCACACCAGCUCGGAGAGCAUCGACCUGCCGUUGGGGCACCACCACCACGGCCCCGCCAAGGUCACGCGCACGGGCAGCGUCAAAUCCACACUGUCGGAGGGUAUGCCCCUUGACAGAAACACCCUUCCCAAAAAGGGGCUAAGGUACCCGCCCUCCUCCAGGCAGACGUCCAAUGAGGAGGGGAAGGAGUGGCUGCGCUCCCACUCUACUGGUGGACUGCAGGACACUGGAAGCCAAUCGCCUCUCUCGCCACCAGAUGCCUCUGCCAACGCUGGCAAAUACCACUACUCGAACCUGCUGAGCCCAACUACCAUGGCCCAGUACAACCUCCCCGGGCCCAGCAUGAGCCGCUCCAACAGCAUCCCCACCCAGGACUCCUUUGACCUGUACGGGGAGGGCCACGCCCUGGGCGGCAGUGCCACCUCCCUGGAGGAGAGACCCAGGGGCAUCAGCCGCUCUGGAUCCUUCCGUGACAGCACUGACGAAGUCCAUGGAUCAUCACUGUCCCUGGUCUCCAGUACCUCAUCACUUUAUUCAGCGGUCCUAUCUUUUCUGGACAAGACAGAGGAGAAGGCCCACUCUGAGGGCCAAACAGUCCAAAAUACCACGCAAAUUAGGAAGCUGCGGAGGGAACUGGACGCCUCCCAAGAAAAGGUUGCGGCGCUGACUUCACAGCUCUCUGCCAACGCUCAUCUGGUGGCUGCGUUUGAGAAGAGUCUCGCCAACAUGACCUGUCGGCUGCAGAGCUUGACCAUGACGGCGGAACAGAAGGAGUCGGAGCUGGCAGAGCUGAGGGAUACUAUCGAGGCACUGAAGUCCCAGAACACAGACGCGCAGACUGCCAUCCAGGUGGCACUCAAUGGCCCCGAUCACGCCACCAGAGGGGCUGACCAGCGAAUCAGGCGGCAGCACUCGUCGGACAGCAUGUCGAGCAUCAACAGUGCGGCCAGCCACUCCAGCCUGGGCAGUGCCAAGGACGCAGACGACAAGAAGAAAAAGAAGAAGAGCUGGGUGGCUGAUUCCAUCCCUGCCCAGUUGCGGAGCUCCUUCAAGCAGGCGUUCAGUAAGAAGAAGUCCAGUAAGCUGCCGUCGUCGCAGGAUGACAUUGACGAGAUGACCGACUCGUCUCUGCCCUCCUCGCCUAAACUGCAGCACGCUAGCAGGCAGGGCAGCAUCCAGGCCCUUAGAGCUUCACCAUCCACUACGGACAAGUGUUAUUGUGAUAGCAAGUCCUCCCCAUUAUGGAUUCCAAAGAAAAGACAAAAUGGCCAUGUGGUCUACAAGCACCGAUCUCGGCUGUGUGAGUGUACUGAGGCGGAGGCUGAGAUCAUCCUGCAGCUGAAGAAUGAGCUGAGGGAGAAAGAGCUGAAGCUGACCGACAUCAGACUGGAGGCCCUCAGCUCUGCACACCACCUGGACCAGAUACGAGAGGCCAUGAACCGCAUGCAGAACGAGAUCGAGCUGCUGAAAGCAGAGAACGACCGGCUAAAGUCGAGCGGUAACUCCACCCCCCAGGCCACCCCAGUCAAGACAGCCCGGCCCCCCUCCGAGACGUCCAGCACCUCCUCGUCCUCCUCUCGCCAGUCACUGGGGCUGUCACUCAACAACCUCAACAUAACCGACACCAUCAUGUCUGAUAUUCUGCUGGAUGACGGCUUCGAAGGGAACCUUCGCAAAGAAGGCCGAAGCGUGAGAAUCGUCGUGAAGAUCCACGGCGGCUCCAACAAGACAAAGGGCUCUAAGAGUCAGGAGUACCUCAUAGGCUCCAUUGGAGUGAGUGGGAAGACCAAGUGGGACGUGCUCGAUGGUGUAAUACGACGUCUUUUCAAGGAGUAUGUGUUCCGCGUGGACCCUGUGACCAGCCUAGGUCUGAACUCGGACAGCAUCAUGUGUUACCGCAUGAAGGACGUGGUGCGGGGGCAGGCCUCAGAGGUGCCCGAGCUGCUCCCCUGCGGAUACCUGGUGGGAGACAACAACGUCAUCACCGUCAACCUCAAAGGUGUGAAUGAGAACAGCAUUGACGGGCUGGUAUUCGACACCCUGAUCCCCAAGCCCAUCAUCCAGCGCUACCUGAACCUGCUGAUGGAGCACCGGCGCAUCAUCCUGUCCGGCCCCAGCGGCACCGGCAAGUCCUACAUGGCCAGCAAGCUGGCCGAGUACAUCGUCACGCAGGCCGGCAUGGAGGUGACCGAUACCACCGUGGCCAGCUUCAACGUGGACCAGAAGUCCAGCAAGGACCUGCGUCAGUACCUGUGUUCCCUGGCGGAGCAGUGCAGCUCUGAGGAGACGGACGUGGAGCUGCCCACCGUGGUCAUCCUGGACAACCUGCACCACAUCGGCUCCCUCAGCGACAUCUUCAACGGCUUCCUCAACUGCAAAUACCACAAAUGCCCGUAUGUCAUUGGAACGAUGAAUCAGGGUGUGUCUUCGUCUCCCAAUCUGGAACUCCAUCACAACUUCAGGUGGGUGCUGUGUGCCAACCACACGGAGCCUGUGAAAGGCUUCCUGGGCCGUUUCCUGAGGAGGAAGCUGAUCGAGACGGAGAUCAGUAAGAACAUGCGCAGCAACGACCUCAUCAAGGUCAUCGACUGGAUCCCCAAGACCUGGCAUCACCUCAACUCCUUCCUAGAGGCACACAGCUCCUCUGACGUCACCAUCGGCCCUCGUCUCUUCCUGUCCUGCCCUAUGGAUGUGGAUGGGUCACGGGUCUGGUUCACUGACCUGUGGAACUACUCCCUGGUCCCCUACCUGUUGGAGGCUGUCAGAGAGGGACUGCAGCUGUAUGGCAAGCGUGCAGCUUGGGAGGACCCCACCAAGUGGGUGAACGACACGUACCCCUGGAGCUCUGCAUCGGUGCAGCACGACAGCCAGCCCCUGCUGCAGCUGCGGCCGGAGGACGUGGGCUACGACGGGUACAGCUCCUCCAAGGAGGGGGCCUCCUCCAAACAGGUCUCCCAGAGCGACACCGAGGGGGACCCACUGAUGAACAUGCUGAUGAGGCUGCAGGAGGCGGCCAACUACUCCAGCGCCCAGAGCUGCGACAGCGACAGCGCCAGUCACCACGACGACCUGCUGGACUCCUCGCUCGAGUCGGCACUCUAGACGAGUAGAGGGUGCCCGCCCCCGCGGGAGAGAGACCAGGAAGGCAGGAUGGAUGGAUGGAGCACGCAUCGGAUCCACUCACUCUGAGGAGGGAGAAAGAGAUAUGAGGGAGAGGAGGAGAGAGAUAGCAGCUGCUCCUGUGUCCCUUUAGAGAGAUGAGCUGGACUGAGCUGAACAGCACAGCACUGCACUCUGGCCCGUAACAGCCUGACCUGACAUUUGACAUUUCUUUUCCUCUCCUAUCUGAUCCCUGUCUUUACCCAAGGGGAAGGUCCCUCUCUGCUUGUGUGUGUGUGUGCGUGUGUGUGUGUGCGUGUGCGUGUGCGUGUGCGUGUGCGUGUGCGUGUGCGUGUGCGUGUGCGUGUGUGUGUGUGUGUGUGUGUGCGUGUGCGUGUGCGUGUGUGUGUGCGCACACCAAGCUGUUAUACUACAACUGACAAUGUCAGAGCCUUCUUGUCACCACACACACACACACACACACACACUCACUCACUCUCACACACACACACACACACACACACACACACACACACACACACACACACACACACACACACACACACACACACACACACACACACACACACACACACACACACACACACACACAUACAGUGUGCUUGCUCCCACACAUACAAUACAUACUCACAAACCAACACAGUCCUCCUGGGAUGCUUAAAACGUCUGCGAUGUCAUCUGCUCCAGUGCGACGUCGCCUACAGGCAUGGACAAGUAUCCAAAAAAAAACAGGACACUUCUCUUCUUCCUUCCGUUUCAUUCGUCUUGUGCUCUCUAAGACACCUGAUGUGGCCGGCCGUGCUGAUCCUCCAUUUGGCUGUUUACUGUUUCACACCCGCGUAUGUUUACAGUGGCCAAACUGGGUCUCUUCAUAGAAGAAAAAAACAGAAACACUCCAGAAGCCAGACAUACAGUGAGCCUUUGGGCCAGGGCAUGAUUCUGUGAGCUCCUCAAACUGGUUUUUUGCUGCCACUGGAAGGUGCUAAGCCCUGGACCCAAGUACAGAGGACAAGCACACACAAAACAUGGAGGCAUGGUUUGGUACUGUUUACUGUGAACCAAUGAUACUUUGGAGAGUAAAAAAGCAAACACAACAAGCAAAAACAACCAACCAAACAAACACAUACCACUCAGUUACACUGCCAAGCAAUGGCACAGGGUGCGUCAGAAGUCAGGAUGUCAACAUGGUUUUACAACAUAACACUGUAAUGCAGUCAUGCGUUUUACUAUACUCGGUGUAGGACACAUGCACUCUUUCCACUUCAGCCACAUCUGCGGUCCUACUGACUGUGUGGGGACAAGCAGUAGAAUUGUACACACAACAAACAGCGUUGGCUGCCCAAGUGUGUGUAUUCCUGUAUGUUUCCUGUCUCACUCUGCAUUCUUGAGAUACGAUACUUCACUUUGUCUUUGUUCACGAUUCUUUGAUCCUGCAAACAAGUAGCUGGUGCUCCAGCUGUAUGCUGCUUGGAGGGUCAGGAAAGAAAAAAGAAGAGAGAGUGAUGAAAAGACGUCUCUACUUUCAUCAUAUUGGGUCAGAACAAGAAGGGAACUAGCAUGGACCCAGUGUUCUCUCGUUGCCUUAAAAUGUGUCAAGCUCAGAAAUAGAAGCAAAGUUUUGACCCUGAAUCUCUCUCUCUUUCUCUCUCUCUCUCUCUCUCUCUCUCUUAUGAUGCCAUCCAAAGAGGAUUGCGAUGACACCUUGUAUGUAACUGUUGAUUGUUUUACUCUUUUGAAAAGUAUUUCUUAAUCUUCAGUUCAGGGUGGUUGACUAAUACUCCGUUGCCAUGUCUGUGAAAGGCCACGUUGAGCUUUAUUUUUUAAUUGUUUUUUAGUUUUCAUAUUGGAAGGUCAUAUCCUUUCGGUGAAUGUGUGUGUGUGUGUGUUUGACUCAUGCACAGGUAGACUAACUAGACCACUUUGACAGAUUUGCAAUGGAGAGUUGUGAUGUUUUUUUAUGGUUAUUAUUAUUAUUAUUGUUGUUACUUUGUCGCCCAGUUGACCUGGGCAAACACUUGAACCAACAUGAGCACAAUCCAACCUCGUGAUUAAAGAUUUAUCCUGGGUGAGCAUGCUGUAUUCAGUUUGCUAUAUAUGUGUACGUAGAAAAUUGACCUUUAUUUCUUCAUGCUAUGUAAGCAUGUGGAUCAAAGUAAUUACAAAAAAAGAAAGUAUAUAAAUGCAUUUAAUUUAAUUUAUCCUUUUUU